CUAUACCCUGCAGAUGAGGACUCUGAGCCUCUGUAUUCUUCUCGUGUCCGGUUUCUUUUCUUUGCCCUGCAAACACAGAAGCUCUUUAUGAAGUCCAUGUGCAUGGGGACAUGGUGGAUUAAACAUCCUCGCAGACUGAGCUUGUCUGGUGUGACAGCCGGUGAUGUUACGCACAGGGUGUGUGCUAGGUGAACCUUUGUUUCCGACACUCCCAUUCGGCUCUGCCACAGAAGAAUGAAAUUUUUCCGCAGACUUCUGCGCAGACGACUGCACCCAUGGAAGCUCGCCAUCGUGGCAUUAGUAUUUGUGACAUUCCUGUUUCUAAUGCAACGAGAAGUGGUCAGUCAGAACCCCCAGGAUGAACCAUGGCUGAGAGGGAUUGCGGUUAAACGGGAUGGUGUUUUUGGGAUGGUGAUGGGUGCGAUGAAUAACUUCCGUGACGCUAUGCCAAAGAUGCAGAUUAAAGCACCGGUGAGGCAGCAAGAAGACGAGGCCUGUCUAUCUGGGUAUUACACAGCCGCCGAACUCAGACCGGUCCUAGAAAGACCCCCGCAGAACCCCAGUGCCCCGGGGGCUUCCGGAAAGGCUUUUCACUCUGAUAAUCUGGAUCCAGCUGAGCAGAAAGAGAAAGAGAAGGGAGAGGAGAAGCAUUGCUUUAACUUGUAUGCAAGUGAUCGGAUCUCAUUAAGCAGAGACCUCGGACCUGAUACGAGACCUCCAGAAUGCAUAGAGCAGACGUUCAGACGAUGUCCACCCCUGCCAACCACAAGUGUGAUCAUCGUGUUCCAUAAUGAGGCAUGGAGCACACUACUGCGGACCGUCUACUCUGUCUUGCACACCUCCCCUGUGCUCCUCCUCAAAGAGAUCAUCCUCGUAGAUGACGCCAGCACUGACGAGCGACUAAAGGAUGAACUGGAUGAGUAUCUGAAACAGUUGCACAUCAUCCGUGUGGUACGCCAGCGUGAGCGAAAAGGUCUCAUCACUGCUCGACUCCUCGGGGCGUCUGUGGCCACAGGAGACACCCUCACCUUUCUGGAUGCCCACUGUGAAUGCUUCCACGGAUGGCUUGAGCCUCUGUUGGCCCGGAUAGCAGAGAACUCCACAGCUGUAGUGAGUCCCGACAUCACCACCAUAGACCUCAACACAUUCGAGUUCAUGAAACCCUCACCAUACGGACAGCACCAUAACCGUGGGAAUUUCGACUGGGGUCUGUCCUUCGGCUGGGAGACCCUUCCCGAUCACGAGAAACAGAGGCGCAAAGAUGAGACAUACCCUAUUAAGACGCCAACGUUUGCUGGGGGGCUCUUCUCCAUUUCAAGAGAUUACUUCUACCACGUCGGAAGCUACGACGAGGAAAUGGAGAUUUGGGGGGGAGAGAAUAUCGAAAUGUCCUUCAGGGUAUGGCAGUGUGGUGGGCAGCUGGAAAUCAUUCCUUGCUCUGUCGUUGGUCAUGUGUUCCGCACAAAGAGCCCUCACACCUUCCCCAAAGGCACACAGGUGAUCGCUCGCAACCAGGUGCGACUGGCCGAGGUCUGGAUGGAUGAUUAUAAAGAGAUCUUCUACAGGAGAAACCAGCAGGCCGCUCAGAUCGCCAAAGAGCGUUCGUUUGGAGAUGUCUCCAAGCGUGUAGAUCUCCGGGAAAAGCUUCAGUGUAAGAACUUUUCCUGGUAUUUGAAGAACGUCUAUCCGGAGGUCUUCAUGCCCGAUCUUAAUCCCCUGCAGUUUGGCGCGAUAAAGAGCGUGGGGAAGGAGGCCUGUUUGGAUGCUGGAGAGAAUAAUGAGGGAGGGAAGCCUCUGAUCAUGUACCCCUGCCACGGGAUGGGAGGAAACCAGUAUUUUGAGUAUUCGACCCAUCAUGAGAUACGACACAACAUUCAGAAGGAGCUGUGUCUGCACGCGACGGAUGGAAUCGUAAAAUUAGAGGAGUGCCAGUAUAAAGGUCACAACACCAUGACGGGACCUCAGCAGAAAUGGGAGCUGAGAGAGGAUCAGCUGUUCUAUAACAAGGGCUCAAAACAGUGUUUGACUGCUCGACACGAGAAGCCCUAUCUAGUGUCCUGCAAUCCAGCUGACAAAUACCAACUCUGGCUCUUCACCUGAGCACAGGGACCACUGAGACACACACACACACAAAAUCACAGGGUCCAAAAUUAGCUUUUUGCCACAGCUGCCAAUGACGAGUGAAAAUUUACCUUCCAUAAAUAUUUCUGUAUUUAAAAAAAAACAACAACAAAAAAAAUUCUUAUGAUUGCAGAAUUAUAGAGCUGUUUUUUCCUUACACAUUUGUGACUAGAAAAGGAAUCGAAAACCUGAACUGGUUUUUUUUCUUCCUGUAUUUGGUUUUGUUAAUGGUUCUUGAACAUGUGCAUUCAUCACCGAUAUGGAUGGACAGUACUGAAAUACUGAAAUACUUAAACAGUGUUUUCUGCACCGAUAUUUAGCACAGUAUAUUUCUACAUAAGAAAUGCUGUUUAGGUUGUAAGCUUGUGAUCUGAAUUGAAUGUGAUGAGAGAAGAAGACUGGGUGCCACAAAAUAAAUACCAAUAGACAAAAAGUAUUUAUUUUGCGUUGCCAUCGCUGGUCGCACGCAAACCAGUGUAGUCUGAUUCGCAAACAAAUGAUUCUUUAUGAACUGAUUCUUUUUAAUGAACCUUUUAAAAAAAAAAAAUUCCACUUAGAAAAAGUUGUGAUGGAUUUUGUCUUUAAAUUGCACAUGUCACUUUUAUCAGCGAGGGUCAGGUGUACUCUCACAGUUCCUAAUAAAGUUAAAGGUCAAUUGACAGGUAACUGAAUUAUUCACUUCCCAAAGCAAAUCUUUUACUCUACUUGGCGAGUUUUAAUUUUGGACCCUGCACACACACAUACUACACAACAAAGUCUCCUGUUUGGCAGAGAGAGAACUUUAAUUUAUUUUUGUACAUGGAAAAUAUUGCUGCUGGAAUAAUCUAAAGGACCAAAAAAUAAAAAAAAAUAAAAAAUGGUGCAUGCAUGAACAUUCCAGUAUUUACAGUAGGGUAUAUAUAGUAUAAAGUACAUACUGUAGGGGCCAAGGUACCUUGUGGGUGGGUGCUCAUAAAAGUGCAUUCAAGUGAAGUUUUAUACUUGUAUCUUUAUCUCUAUUAUAUUCCUUUUUUAUCAGAAAGACUUCCAUAUCUGUAUCCACUGCGUUUCUACAUUUGUUACUGGACAAGAAUUUUGCCCAGUAAAGUCUAUCACAAUGGCACUCUAUAUUAGCUGCAAUUUCAAAUGUGAAAUUCAGACUAUGAAUGUUUAACAAGAUGAAGAGGCCUGAACAGAUUCUUCAGAUAUUUCUGCUAUGCAUCAUGCAAAUUGUAAAACACCAAAGACUUCUUGAAAGUAUGUUUUGUAUUCCCUUUUCACCGUGUUUUUUCUUUUUCUUUUCUUGCUUUAUGCGUAAUGAUACGAUCUGCUGGGUCAUUCCUGUUACGCAGUACUAUUUCAUCUCUUUUUUUCGGUUUAAAAAAAAUAAAAUACAUGUUUGUCUUUUAUUUUAAGAAGGUAUUUCUAUAAAAUAAACCUUUGAAAUAUUUUGAUUACUGAAAGAAAAAAAAGAAAAGAAAAAUCCUUAUAAUUCAUUUUUUAUGUUAGUAGUUAGUGGAUGGCAAGCAAAACACUGAAAACCAAAGUAGUGCACUCAAAAAAAAAAAAAAAAACUUUUUUUUUUAGGUUUGCAUAUUUCAAUAAAAAAAAUAUUUUUAAAAUAUAAUAAUAAUAAUAAUAAUAAUAUAUAUAAUAAUAUAUAUAUGUGUGUGUGUGUGUGUUUUAUUAAUUUAAUUUUGAUGAUUACAACUCAAUGAUUUUUUUUUUUUUUUUAAUGAAAUUUAAUAGCGUAAAUCUUAAAAAUAACCAUACAUUUUUUAUUAGUUUGAACUUAUUUAAAACUUACCCCAUGUUUGCAUUUUUUGCAAAUAUAAUAAAAUAUAAUAUUCAUCUUUAAAGAUGGUUGAAUAGUUUAAUAUUUUAUCCAAAAUAUUAAGAUUAUUUGGACAUGAAAAUACACUGCAUAUAAGGGAUGACCCCUCUCACAAACAGGUUCUUGGUCAGACCUUUUUAUGAUGAAUUACUAAGGGGAUGUUUUUAUUAUGUUUUGAGCCAUCAGAUAAUUUUUUUAUGUCACCAAUUGAAAUAUCUUAUGUUUUAUAGGAUUUUUGUGUAGUUUGCUGUUGAGUCUCUUAAAUAUUUGAUAAGGUUGUAUACAUGGUCAUUAUCUGUGUCAUGGGCUAGUGCAACAACUCUAUUGGCCAUACAGUAAAUGGCACAGACUGGCAGAAGGGGGCGCUAUAAUACAAGCAUCUGCCCUCAGAAUAUUGAACUACAGAACUGAAUGAACAAAGCAACGGAUAAAAGACAUAUUGCCAAUGUUUAAAUUGAUAAAACAGGUUUACAAAACUGAAUUUCAUUUAUAAACUACUGUUACACUGGCAUGAAUUGAUGCUGAUUAACUGUCCCUGCUUAUAUUGUGUGAGAGUGUAUUUCAGAAUUACAGGAAAGUUUCUA